AUGGCCAGUGCGAGUGCGACACAGCGCUCAGGCUCGCCAGCCGACCAGCAACCGCCCCACUCGGCGGGAGGAGCAGCACCGCGCCCGUUCACCCUCUCGUCGAACCUCGCAGCAUCCGGUCCCGGCAGGAACAGCUCGGUCGCGGCAGAGUCGGGGUCGAGCAGCAUGCCCAAGUACCGCGCGAGCAUCGGCGUGCCCGGUGCGGGCGGAGCGGGUCAGGUUGGACAGGGUCAUGGAGGAGGGUCCGCUUCCGCGAACUGGCGCGCCGUCAGCCCCGGGAGGGCCAGCACGGGCGGCGUCGGGCUUGGCGCAGCGGCAGGAGGAAGGUUGAGGCCGGCGAGCGAGCUUCUCGGCGUCAGCCAAGCGGGUCAGGCGCUCAACAGCUUCCAGUCGUCAGACACCGAGGCUAUCGACCGCUGGUUCGAAGACCUCCAGCAGUACGAGGCGACGCUGGAAGAGAUGGCCGCCGCUUCGCUCGACGCCAACUUCAAGGAAGAGCUGUCCGCGAUCGAGCAGUGGUUCCGCGUCCUCAGCGAAGCCGAACGCACCGCCGCCCUCUACUCGCUCCUCCAGAACGCGACGCCCCUCCAGACUCGCUUCUUCAUCACCGUCCUUCAGCAAAUGGCGAGGCAGGACCCGGUUCAGGCGGCGCUUCUCAGCCCGGCCAACCCGAGCCAGCUCACGUUCGAGUCGCAGAUCGAGUCGAAGCUCGCCUCGCUCGGUCUUUCCAAGUCGCCCGCCUCUCCCGCAAUGCGCCAAUUCGCUCGCCAGUCGCUCUCGGCUAGCAACGGCGGUCCCAUGCCCACUUCCCCUGCACCCGACUCGCUUCUCUCGCCCGACUCUUCGGCCGCCGCAUCGACGCUGGCGAGCCAGCGUGCGAAGCUCAAGGCGAGCGCGCGCACGAGCGCUCCUGCCAACCUGCUCCUCAGUGCUGGCAACACCCUCGGCGAAGGCCCCAAGAGCCCGCUGUGGAGUAAGGAGGAGGUCUUGCGCGAGCGCAGCCCGAGUCCUCGCCCUCACAGUACCGGUUCCGACUCGGCCGCCCAGCAGCAGCAGCAGCCCUCGUCGUCCGCCUCGCUUUCGUCGUCGACUAUCCCCGCGACCGCCCAGUUCCUCCGCUCCCCCGCGCUCGACGCCUCGUUCGACCAGCUCUCGCCCGCGAUCGGGGGAAGCUGGGCCUCGAUGGUCAACACUCCCUUGGUCCCGAUGUUCGGCAAGGGCGAGACGAUGGAGCCCGGGAACUUUGGCACGCCCAGUCUUGGCGCGUCUUGGAACGGCGCGAGCCCGAACCCGAAUGGCGGGAUCGUGCUUGACGAUGUCAAGAAGUAUCGUCGCUCGGCGCGCAUGUCGGGGUUGAGUGGCGGAGCGCUGGCGGGGAUGUACGAGGAGCCCAGCGGUGCGAAUGGCGGAGGAGCAGGGACUGCGUCGCUCGGAUCGAGCACGGCGGCGGACCGCGCCAACUCGGCUGCGACGGCGCAGAAGCGUAUCCAGGACCAGCUCCAGGCCGUCCAGCACCUCAAGAACAUGCAGCAGUCGGCCGUCAACCUCGGACUCGGCGCUUUGUCGAACCCGGCUUCGCCCAACGUUGCUGCUGGAUCGGCGUCGACUGGUCCGUCGAGCGGAGUUGGCGGGUCGAGGUUGACCAGCACCGGCGCGCUUAGCUCGCCUGGCUUGCAGCAGACCGCUAUGGCGGCGCAGCAGAACUGGCGCAACGCCAACGCCGCUCACCUCCCGCCUCCGUCGCCGAACAACAACGCGCACUACGGCAACAACGCCAACCACCUCCACGCUCAGCACGACGCUUACGGCGUCUCGGCCGGUCUUAAUGGUCUCGGCGUCGGUACCGGCGGACUCUCGCCCAACCUCGGACUUGGCGUUGGUAACGGCGCUCCUCCGUCGCCCAACACGGCCGCGUCGGUCCAAGCGCAGGCUCAGGCUCAGCUCGCGUCGCUCAUCGCCCUCCAGCAGCAGAUGAUGCAGCAGCAGGCGCAGCUUCAAAACCUCGCCAACCUGCAGGGCUUGAACGGACUCGGCAUGGGUCUCGGAAACCCCGGACUCGGCGUCGGCGCCAUCGGGGGCUUCGGCUCGCAACUCAGCCCGCGUCUCGGUGGUGGAGGAGUCGGCGGACCUGGUACGAGCCCAAGCGGAUUCGGCGGCUUCGGCUUUGGCGGCGCUCCGAACGGCAUGAUGCACUCGCCUCGCCGCUCGCCUCGCCCGCACGGCAACGACCGCUCGCCCAACUUUGGCUCGUCCUUCGGCAGCCACGCGUCUCGCCCUGGCGGCAACGGCGCGAAGAACUCGGCUUCCGGCGGGAACCCCCAGCAGACGCCUGGGAGCGGCGCGAACCCGGACGAGCCGCUCGACAUGAACUUGCUCGGCGACACGCCCGCGUGGCUCAGGAGUCUCAGGCUGCACAAGUACACGCCCAACUUUGAGGGCGUCGGGUGGAAGGAGAUGGUCCUCCUUGGCGACAAGGACCUCGAGGACAAGGGCGUGUCGGCUCUCGGCGCGAGGAGGAAGCUCCUGAAGGUCUUCGAGACCGUCCGCGGCAAGACGGGCAUGGCUCUUCCGGGCGACGGCGCCGAAGCCAGCUCGCCGAUCGACUCGGUCAAGGACGACGCGCCCGCCUCGCCGAUCGACAGCAACCACGGCAACAGCGACGCCAACAACGGAAAGGAGGAGGAGGCGUCCGCUUGA